AUGACACGAAAUCAAAUGCCACCGAUACCUUACUAUCAAGGUAGAUUUUCGAAUGGUCCCAUUUGGGUUGACAAGUUAAAUGUGUCCAGUCUAAUCAAUUAUGCACAUGGCGGUGCUACAACAGACAACGAUUUUGUUCAAGGUUCCAUACGGCCUCUUGUUCCACGUGUGCCAGGUGUUCGUCAACAAAUCAAGACUUACAUGGAUAGUAUGAAUACCAGUGAUAUUGACUUUUACCAUACUCUGUAUGUUGUUUGGGCUGGCGGUAAUGAUUACCUUGGCAACAGAACAUUGAGUCCAUUGAAGAUUGUAAAUAGUCUAUCGAAUGCAUCCGAGGCUCUCAUCAUGUUUGGAGCUAAGCAUCUAGUUCUUGUCAAUCAGCCACCUCUUCAAAUAAUCCCUUACUUUCAAACUUUCAACUCAAACAUUUCGCUUUCAAAUCUUACAAAUCAAUACAAUGAUCAUCUGUUAACUAACAUAAGAAAACUUCAGGGAAUCAACACAGUAAUGUCUCUCAAAGUCUUUGAUCUUCAUUCACUCAUCACUAAGAUUCUUGUUAAUGCUUCUGUGUAUGGAUUCACAAGUACAAACAGUUCAUGUUGGUAUCCACAGCUGAGUGUCACUACUGUUUGUAAGAAUCCAGAAUCAUAUGUCUUUUUUGAUGACGUUCAUUUUACGACACGUAUGCACGAACUUAUCGCCGAAGAAUUCCGUCCAUUUACCAGUGUUUCUGGAGGAAAUCAUGUUUCGAUGUCGUUUCUUGCUAUCUGUGUAUGGAUAUUGUUAGCACAGUUUUCAUCAUCGACAUAA